AUGGCCCUGAUCGACCUCGGGCGAGGAGGAGGCGGCGGUGGCCGCGCCUCAGGCACCGCGCCGGCCAAGCCCCGGCUGGUGAUGAUCGUCGCCGAUCCCGGCCGCGAGUCGACAGCGGCGAUGGAGUGGGCGCUCUCCCACGCCAUCGUCGAGGGCGAUGACAUCCUGCUCCUCCACGUCAACAUGCCCUACCCCCACAACGGGGCCGCGGGUGGAGCCGCCGGGCCCUCACGCUCCUCGUCUGGCGGGAGCACCGGUUCCCCGAUCGCCGCGCUUCUAGGCGGUGGCUCGGGCGCCGGUGCGGAUCCGGUGGAUUUCGUGGAGGCGAUGCGCGCCGCGUGCAAAGCGCGGUACCCCCGCGCGCGGGUGCACGGGGAGCGCGUCGAGCCCGCUACCGAGGGCCGGGAAGCCAAGGCGCAGACCAUCCUCGCCGAGUCCCAGCGACGGGGCGUCGAGGUCCUCGUCAUUGGCCAGCGCCGCGUGUCCUCCUUCCUCGGGUUAAGGAGCCCGAGCGCGUCGAGCCGCGGGCACGACACCACGGCGGAGUUCUUGAUCGAGCAUAGCAAGUGCCUGUGCGUAAGCGUGCAGAAGAAGGGCCAGAAUGCCGGAUACCUGCUCAACACCAAGACCCACAAAAACUUCUGGCUCCUAGCAUGA